GCUGCUGAAAUGGCACUCCGUUUAAGUGGAAUCAAUCGCUGGUGUGUCAGUGGCACUCCUGUGCAGCGAGGAUUAGAAGAUCUGUAUGGAUUAGUCCUCUUUCUUGGAGUUGAUCCUUACUGGGUCAAACAUUGGUGGGACCAACUUUUAUAUCGACCUUACUGUAGGAAAAAUCCUCAGCCUCUCUACAGUCUAAUUGCCAAGAUAAUGUGGAGAUCAGCGAAGAAGGAUGUGAUUGACCAAAUUCAGAUCCCCCCUCAGACAGAAAAUGUACACUGGCUUCACUUUUCUCCUGUGGAGAGACACUUCUAUCAUCGCCAGCGCGAGGUGUGCUGCCAGGAUGCGUUGGCAAAACUCAGGAAGAUUUCGGAUUGGACUCUUAAGCUUAGUAGCCUCGAUAGAAGGACUGUGACUUCUAUUCUGUACCCUUUGCUGCGGCUGAGGCAGGCCUGCUGUCAUCCGCAAGCUGUUCGGGGAGAGUUCUUGCAGUUACAGAAAAGCUUAUACCAAAAUGCGUUCUCUUUCUGCACCAUGACCAUGGAAGAACUGCUAACAUCCUUGCAGAAGAAAUGUCGAACGGAGUGCGAGGAAGCUCACCGACAGUUGGUGUGUGCUCUGAACGGCUUAGCUGGUAUCCAUAUCAUUAAAGGAGAAUAUACAUUGGCUGCAGAGCUGUACAGAGAAGUGUUAAGAUCAUCUGAAGAGCACAAAGAAAAGCUCAAAACAGAUUCAUUGCAGAGACUUCAUUCCACACACAAUUUGAUGGAAUUGUUGGCAAAGCACCCAGGAAUUCCCCCAACUUUGCGUGAUGGCCGGCUUGCAGAGGAGGCCCAACAACUUCGACAGCAUUAUAUGAGUAAAUCCAAUGCAGAAGUUGCAGAAGCCCAUCAGGCUUUACAGCCAGUUCUUCAGACCAUUAGGGAGCUCCAAAGAAAGAUACAUGCGAGUUCUCCUUGGUGGCUGGAUGUCAUCCACACAGCAAUACAGUACGCCAUUGAUGAGGAGCUUGUGCAACGUGUGAAAAAUGAAAUAACCAGCAACUACAAACAGCAGACUAAUAAACUCUCCAUGGCAGAGAAAGGCCUUCAGUACCUGCUCACAACCCAGCUGGAGGAAGUGAAGAAGUUCCAGAAGAUUGUAAGAGAAGCAGUGAAAAACUUAGAAGGCCCUCCCUCUAAGCAGGUUAUUGAGGCUGCCACGAUCUGCCAUUUGCGACCUGUUAGACUUCCGCUUAACAACUGUGUCUUUUGUAAGGCUGAUGAGCUGUUCACAGAAUACGAGUCGAAGCUCUUUUCUCAUACUGUUAAAGGCCAAAUGGCAAUAUUUGAGGAGAUGAUAGAAGAUGAAGAAGGGCUUGUUGAUGACCGUUUGCCCACCACAAGUAGAGGACUGUGGGCCACCAGUGAAACUGAACGUGCCUUGAAAGCUCUUCUCUCCUUUGCCAAAGCUCACCGAAUGGAUGUUAAGCUAACUGAAGAAGGCAGUGUGUUUCUGGAACUCUUUGAAGCAUGGAAAAAGGAGUAUAAGUUGCUUCAUGAAUAUUGGAUGGUGCUGAGGGAUCACGUGUCUGCUAUUGAUGAACUGGCAAUGGCCACAGAACGGCUGAGAGUGCGUCAUCCUGACGAGCCAAAACCAAAUCCACCGGUUCUUCACAUCAUAGAACCACAUGAGGUAGAGCAAAAUCGAGUGAAACUUUUGAAUGACAAGGCGGUUGCCAAAUCACAGCUUCAAAAGAAAUUAGGACAACUUCUCUAUCUCACUAAUCUGGAGAAAUCUCAGGAUAAAACUACUGGGGGAGUUAACCCGGAACCAUGUCCGAUCUGUGCACGUCAACUGGGAAAACAGUGGGCGGUGCUGACAUGUGGACACUGUUUCUGUAACGAGUGUGUCGCUAUCAUCAUACAACAGUACAGCGUUGGCACCCGCCGGAGCGCGAUUAAAUGUGCCAUUUGCAGGCAGACAACAUCUCACAAAGAAGUAUCGUAUGUCUUCACUGCAGAAACCGCAAAUCAGGAGGAUGAUAUUCCUGUCAAG